CAUCAGAAAACAAUCAACUUUAAGCGUUACAACAGCUGCUUCAACCGUCUCCAAACCACAUACAACAAAAUGUUUGCCAAAUUGUUCAUCGUCGCCCUUGCCAUUGUCUGCGCAUCGGCUGGAGUUGAGCUACAUAGAAGCCGUUCUCUUGACUUUCCGGUGGCUUACACUGCAGGUGUUGUGUCCCCCGUUGCCUACAGCGCCCCAGUUGCCUCGUACUCGACCUAUUCCGGUUCUCCAGUGACCUACUCGACGUACUCCGGCAGCCAGCGAGCCUACAGUGCCUACAGUGCCCCAGCACUGAGAUCUUCAUUCUAUUACAACUGACAUGCCUUGUCGUUUAAGGAACACGAUAGAACCUCACUCCCUAUGAAACACACUGGAAACGAUUUCAUGUAACAUUCUGUACAAUAAAAUAGACUGGAAUUGCUUUCAACU